GGCCUGCGAGCAAGUCCGCCUCGCUGCGGGACGGGGGCAGCUCGGAGCGCCGGCGGGCGGGAAGCGCCCCCUUAGCGGGAGCUCGGGGCACGGGGAGAGGCUCCCGGCGGCGCUGCCGGCCCGGCUGUGCGAGUGGGAGCGAUGUCCCCAAGGUGACAGCCGGACGCGCGGCCCCGCCGUGCGCUGCGGGCAGCCCGGGCCUGGGCCCGCGCCCGGGUUCUGCCCCGUAGGCAGCGGGAGCCGUUCCGGGGCCCGGCGACCGGCCUGUGCCCGCGGGCGGGGUGGCUGUGCCAGAGGCCGGUUUCACUGCGCUGCUUGUGCGCCGUGGCGGCGACCCGGCAGAGGUGUGGCACGGCAGUGUCCGGGACACACGGGCGCUGUUCUGCCCCAGCUUUGGCUCUCGCACACCUCCGUGCCCGAGGGGCGACCCUGCUGUGUGCUGUUCCGCCUCUGCCUUGUAACCUCCUCUCUUGGCUGUUUGACCCCCUGAGAAGACGACGUCUCAGGGGGCCACAGACUCUGCUCUGCCUUUAAAUGCAGCGCCUCGCAGCCAGUUGAGGCUGGAAGGCAGCAAAGCUGGACGCAGCAGGGAGCAAAAGGGCUUUAAGGGUGGAAUAGUUUCCUGGCUUUGGAUAUUUUCGGGUGCUGACUGGAAAUCUGUUACAGGAGUUACUUAGGGGAUGUUUGAGUCCGAGCAUGAAGCUGCCAGCUCUGCUGCAGUGGUGUGGGGGUUCAUUGCCAUGAGAGUACAACACCGUUGGGAUAGAGAUCCUAUCUGCUAGGGUCCAGUAGAUCCAGUAGAAGGCCAAUGGCAUCUUGGGGUGUGUUAAGAAGAGUGUGUCCAGCAGAUCAAGGGAGGUUCUUCUUCCCCUCUGCUCUGCCCUGGGUCUGACUUUCUUCUGUGCCUUUUUGAACCCCUCUGCAGUAAAGAUGUCUCACAUGAACCACUCCAUGAUGGCAACCACGCACCCUCCUGAGCAUCACCACUCGACAGCCGCCCCAGCGCACGAGCACGGAGCUGGCAUGAUGGCAAUGACUUUCCACUUCAGCUAUGAGAACGUGCCACUGCUGUUUUCUGGGCUGACAAUCAAUUCUCCUGGAGAAAUGGCUGGUGCCUUCGUGGCUGUCUUCUUCCUGGCCAUGUUCUACGAGGGGCUGAAGAUCGCCCGGGAGUGUUUGCUGCGCAAGUCCCAGGUCAGCAUUCGCUACAACUCCAUGCCAGUGCCAGGGCCCAACGGCACCAUCCUGAUGGAGACACACAAAACCGUGGGCCAGCAGAUGCUGAGCUUCCCCCACCUCCUGCAGACUGUCCUGCACAUCAUCCAAGUUGUGGUCAGCUACUUCCUCAUGCUGAUCUUCAUGACCUACAACGGCUACCUCUGCAUCGCGGUGGCAGCGGGGGCAGGGACAGGCUACUUCUUCUUCAGCUGGAAGAAGGCUGUCGUGGUGGACAUCACGGAGCACUGCCACUAACACCAGGCUGCCCAGAAGCUUCUCCACCCCCACUGCCCUCCUGAAGUGCAGCUGGCAUGAGGACUGGAUCAUUCCCAAGCUGAGAGAGAAAAUCAGCUGGAGCUGACUGCAAGGUUCCUAGCUGAGCUGGAGGGACGUGAGGAGCUGGGGGGGUGCUGCUCCUCCUUGCUGCAGGCUGGCAGCAGGGUUGGCUCUGGAGGGGGUCCCUUGGUUGCCAUUCUUGGCUAGGAUUUGCUUUGUUCUUAGAUUUAUGCUGUGAUUGAAAUUAGUUGGCUGAGAGAAAUGUAGGAAUUCUUCUUUUAAAAGUGAACCCUUUUUA